AUGCCGACUCCCUACACUGAAGUCACCCUCGUCACAGCGAACGUGGGGAGCAUUUUCGAAAGACCCGAGCAGAUCCUGGACAUAUGGAUCGCAGCUUUCGUGGAAGGCCUGGUCAACGAUGAGAGCCAUCCUGCGUUCCUGGCUCUUCAUUGCCAGGAAGUCGGCGGGAAAACUUUCGGAUCGGCCAUGGAUCAAGUCAACCUCUUCACGCAGAAACUCUUUUCCGGUUUCAAAGGGCUCGGAUAUGAGAACUUCAUAGCUUUCGUAGAUCCUGUCCUCGAAACUUCGAAAUUCACUGCUUUGGGAAGUUUCUAUUUCGUCCAUAAAUCAGUCGCUGAUCAGAUCUGCAUUUGGAACUUCAAAAAGGCGGCUUUCGAACCGGUUCCGGAGUAUGCCUUCUACGCGGAAGAAGAUCUGGAUCUAGUCCCGACGGUUCAUAAAUACAAGUUCACUCAAGAUAUGACUCCGAUGCAUCGACCUUCGAGGAAAGGCUUCCUGCGGACUCGGUGGCAAAUUCACGCUCAAGAGCCCCCGAUCGAGUUGGUUAACGUCCAUCUGUUCCACGACGAGUCGAAUUUCAUGGCGAUGCAGCAAUUUCCGUCCAUGUACACAGAAUCUCGCCGCAACGCUCUUCAAUUCACUUUGCGGAGAAUAGGCAGCGAUCGCGACGAUAAUUCCGAAGCGGAAACGACCAAGGAGCCGGUGGCAUUUUUCAUUUUCGGCGAUUUCAACUUUCGCUUGGACCUGGGUGCCGUGGUGUCGUGGCUCAGCGAAGGGACCAAACUACAGGAAACCAAGAGCUCUUCCGGCGAAAUAAUACGCCAGGAAUUCCACGAAGGAGCCUCGAACGCUCUCCCGGUCAUGGGGUCUUCAGAACCCUCAGGCGAUGGGAACGAAGCGAGGAAUGAACCCCAGAAGAAGGUCUUAACACUCGAGAAGAAACUCUUCAAUAUCCAUGAAGACACAACUCGAACUUUCUUCAUUUGUGAUCUCACCCGAAAGAAGCUGCUCUCCCAUGACAAGGAGUUGGAGUACUUCAGCCAAGAUCUGCAUGAGUUCGACAUCGAGUUUCCGCCAAGCUAUCCGUAUUCGGAAGAACGAUCUGAGGGUGCCUCGUUUGGCGGCACGCGAUGUCCGGCCUGGUGCGACAGAGUUCUCUUCAAUGAACAAGCUGAGAAGCUUGUCUCCGAGAAAUUGGGAUAUCAUUUGAUCGGCCGAGAUGUUUGCAUGGGCGAUCAUAAGCCGGUUGUCUUGCGCGUCCGAAUCGGGAAAAACGGCGCGAACGGUCCCGGACGUCUCCACGAAGAAACGUUGAAGACGAAUGGUGACCACGAGGAAAGGAAUCGUGACAGGGACGAAGAGACAGUCAACUGA